AUGGCUGCGGCGGACCGGCCCCCUGUUAGGGAAGGAGUACGGAUAGUUUUUCUGUGUGUGGGCUGGUACACGGUCAGUUCGGGGGGCAACAUCGUCAACAAAAUCAUCCUCAAUGGAUUCCCGUACCCGGUCACAGUCUCUCUGUUUCAUAUUAUUUCUAUCGUCGUCUUCCUCCCACCGUUGUUGCGGGCAUGGGGAGUCCCCAGAACAGAACUGCCGAGCAGGUAUUACCGGUGGUACAUCCUGCCUUUAGCUUUCGGAAAAUACUUUGCGUCCGUGUCGGCACAUUUCAGCAUAUGGAAAGUACCCGUUUCAUAUGCGCACACCGUCAAAGCUACAAUGCCAAUAUGGGUUGUGCUGUUAUCAAGAAUUAUCAUGAAGGAGAAGCAAACCACAAAGGUGUAUGUAUCGCUCAUCCCCAUCAUUGGAGGAGUGCUGCUGGCCACAGCAACUGAGCUGUCCUUUGAUGUUUCAGGACUAAUCAGUGCUCUGGCUGCCACACUGUGCUUCUCUCUGCAGAACAUCUUCUCCAAAAAGGUGUUGCGCGACACAAAGAUCCACCACUUGAGGCUUCUCAACAUCCUGGGCUUUAAUGCUGUUCUCUUCAUGCUGCCCACCUGGGUUCUGGUGGACCUCUCUGUGUUUCUUGUUAACGGAGACCUGUCGGAGAUCUCGGGAUGGUCAGGUACCUUCGUCCUCCUGCUCAUCAGCGGCUUUUGCAACUUUGCUCAGAACGUCAUCGCCUUUAGCGUACUGAACAUCGUCAGCCCGCUCAGCUACGCCGUCGCCAAUGCCACCAAGAGGAUCAUGGUCAUUAGCAUCUCACUGCUAAUGCUGCGCAACCCGGUCACCCUCACAAACGUCAUGGGUAUGAUGACGGCCAUAGUCGGGGUCUUCCUCUACAACAAGGCCAAGUAUGACGCUAACAAGGAGAAGAAGCUGCUGCCAAGCGCCAAACAGGACCUGAUGUCCUUUGAAAACCCUGCGCUGGAGAAUAUCCAGGCCAACGGGUCAUUGCCUUUCUCCCACGGCUCAGAGCAGCAUCACAACUGGAACAACGUGCUGACCGACCACUUCCAGUACAGCCGGCAGGCCUACACGAAAAACUUCAGCAGCAACCACCAGUACGUGGUGUAAAGGAGGAGUCUGUCCUCGAGACGGGUGGCUGUCAUAGACAUUACUGUGUGUAGCCACCCUCCCAGCAGCGGGGGACAGCCCCGCUCCAAACACGAGACUGAAGGCAAGUGCUGUUUGUUCUGGAUAGGAAGAAUGAGAUGGCCAGUGACGUGACCUCUCCCACGCUCCUCCCUGUUUAAACUUCACUUUCUGACAGCAUCGCUGUAUGUCAUUGUUUAUUUAUUAGUUUGGUACCGACUGUAUGGAAUGGUCUGAGAGAAAAACAAAACUUAAAGCAACACCAAAGCACUUUUCCUCUUCGGUCCCCCUACAGGUUGGAAGCGGAAUUGUCCAUUACCGUUCUCAUUCGAACUACAGAUCCGCUACCCGAUCUGGCAAACUUGCAUAGUGCGGUUAUAGCCGAUAGAGGGCCACAAAGCGAAUGCAGAACUGCCGUUCACCCUGUUACGAGUUGAUGAACCACUGAAACGAUUUAGGAAACAUUAUUUGAAGGUACAAAAUAAUCUUUGGUGUUGCUUUAAAUCACGCGUUUAAUACAUUUUGGUGUCAGAUUCAGCCAUGUUAUCCAGACACAGAAAUGGGCCACAGCAUGUGGACACGUAAAAGGUAGUCGAUGAUUUGCACCUUAUUGUCUGGAAAAUGUCUGCGUUUUCUUUUCACAACCAGCCAUAGUUUGUUUUUUUUGGGUUAUUUUGUUCACUUUCAGAGGAAAGGAUGUCAGCUGUAAUUAUUUAAUGUGAACGCUAAAUUGCACCGAAACAACAGUCAUGUUACAAACCAACAAAUCUCAGUGGAAGGCAUUAACAUUUUGGUUUUAGGCAUUGCAUAUGUAUGGUUAUAAUUUUUCUUCAUGAGGCACCUUUAAGGAUGUGAGUAGAAACAAUCAGUUUAAAUUGUUGUCCUCGGUGAAUAAAACGUGUUCCUGCUGGGGACUUGUUUGUAGACGGUGGAGAAUUUUAGGUGACGGCUCCCUAAGAAAAGUUGGGAAAUUUGUGUUUUUGUAGCUUUGGUCCGAUGGUAGGAAAACUUGAUCAGACUUUCACUUGGCGUUUUUCACCAUGAUAGCGGCAUGGUAAUGUCAGAAAUGACCAGAAAUUCAUGGUCCCCAGAGGAUGAAUCCCCAUGAUUUUGGUGAUCUCCUGACUUUUGGUUCGGAUAUUAAUUCCCCCUCCUCAGGAUACACUAAUCAGAUUUGGUGAUCCUCUGACUUUGUAUCUAGCGGCAUCUUUAGGUCAAAAUUUGAAUUUGUUCAAUACUUUCGUUUAUGAUUAAACUCCUGCAAAUCUAAUGGCAAACCAGUCUCAGCUUUUCUUUAUGUUUAGAGAUAAUUAGCAGAUGUUAGCAUACUAGCAUGUUAUACUUGGUGCACAUGGUAAAUGUUACACCUAAUAAACAUCAGCAUGUAAGCAUAGUCAUUGUGAGCAUGUUAGCAUGGUAACAGUAGCAUCUAGACUGCACUCACUUUCCAGCGAGGUUCAAAAUUACAAGUGCCUGAUGAAGAAAAAUGCCCAAAUUUCAACAAAAAGGAAUCCAUUCAUUGUGUCUGCAAGAAACUGAUGCUCUUAAACUUGUUGCACACACAGAUCAGUAAAAGGAUCAGUCCCACUUGUUGUCAGCAAGUGUUUUUAACUGCCACUAUCAAAGUACUUUUCAAUACACACACACACACACAAGCCUCUGUGUCUUUGAUCAAAAAUUAACUUUCAGAGUGAGACCAGUUCUGUCACGCAGAACAGUCAGUGACCUCCCACAGAUCUGUCCCUUUUCCCCAAGAUAACUAAUAAGUUCACAGUUUGUUAAUCAUGGAGCAUAAAUGUACAAAGUUAAAAUUAGAUUUAGCAAACUCAUGUUCCAUCUUUCUUCGGUAGUCUAACCCUGUAAAAUGUAAUGGAGAUGUUAAAAUUCAUAAUUUUGUUUGUCAUAGUUUGGAGGUGAAGAAUCGCUUUAAAAUGAUGCAUUUUUUUUUUAAAUUGAUUAUUGGUAUUUAUUGAUCUGCGAAGCUUCUCAGGCAGUGAGAUUUUCUCUCCUGUCAGGCUCUUUUUUUUCAGCCUGAACCAAAGCUGCUCCAUCAUGUUUUUUGUUUUUUUUAAACAGAGGCCCGGUUCCAGUUUGCACAUCAUGAAACAACUAUAUGUGUUAUACAGACUGUGACUGUCUGUCAAGUGACUUUGAAGUGUUUUUUAAUUUAAAGCAUUGUUGAAACAUUGGUGUCAAACGGUCACUGGACGGAUUCAAAAUGAGACGUGCAUGAAAUCACAGGUUUGGUUUGUGCAAUUAAAGAUUCAACUGUAAUUUCAGGUGGACAAGAUGUUUGAUUAUCAUUAAUUACACUGGCUGCAAAACUUAACUAAUCAUUUAUUAAUGAAAGGUCUUCUUUUUUUUUUUACUGCUUGAAUCAAACUGUUUAUUCCUGUAAACAUCAGUCACUUGCUUUUCUCCUUGCAGGAUCUCUGAUGCACACAGAGCAUCUUACUGCAGCUGUUUUUAUUUUUAUUUGGUAAUUCAAAUGUCUCAGCAUCUGAAAUUAACAUUGUAUUUCUUCUCAAUAAUUUUGUGGGGACAAUGCACGUUAAUUGAAUUUUUGUAAAAGUGCCAGUUGUAGCCUGUGAGCUUGUUUUUUUCCAGCUGUAGUGCCUGGUAGAUGUGGGUAAGGGAAUAGUGCGGUUAUAUUCUAAUUGGUUGUUUUUUUUUUUUGUUUUUUUUAAGUGUACAGUUUGUCUUCUCUGACAAAUUUAAAACACUGUCACGCUAUUUAGUCUGGAGGAAAAAGAGCUCUGUGGGGUUACUGUGCUCUAGGCUUCCCAGAGACAAACUAGUAUCAAUAAUAGUCUUUUUGUUUUUGUAGAGAGAACCAGCUGUUAGUGCUAAGAUAGUUUGUAGGAUCUUGGGAACCCGUAGCUGCUCUGUUUUUCUCCAGCAGGGAGGGAAUCACCGCCUGUUUUUAAAGAAAGAUAUAAAGUUGGCACGGAUUGACCAGAAAACACCUGUAUGUUGUCAUGUAGUGAGUUCCAACAGGGCAUAAUUACAACCUUAUUCAAAUGUUGUUGUUUUUUUUUAAAGACUGCUGCCGUAGUUGUUUGUGUGUUUGACUAUUGUACACUUUGAGGCUGUACUUUGUGGUGUUGGACUGUGUUAAAUUGAAACCUACUCUAAGCAGGAAUAUCCGAAACUAACCACCACACCAUAAACAGGAGCCUCAAAAAACGACAAAGGAGUCGAAUUAAAACCUCUGAGAUCUCCGGUGUCUGCAUCGAUUACAAUUUUACAUUUCAGAAAGGUAGCAUUUAUCUAUUUGGAUGUUAUUCUUGACAUUUCAACUGUUACGAAAACCUCUUUAUUAUCAACAUUUUCUAUAUUAAAAUUGAAUUAAAUGACUUUGACUAAAAUUAUCAAAAUGUUGCUCAUAAAGACAAAACGGCCGAGAAUUAACACCCCUCUCUGCAGCUCUGUGGAUGGCCCUACGAUUGUUUUACAGCCGCGCUAAUCUUGUGUCGUAAAAUGUAAAUGCUCUCAACUCCUGCAAGCAGCCAUUUAAAGCACCUGUGAUGAACUCCGCUUAUAUGCUACCUUCCCAACACCAAACCGCAGACAGAUUUACUGAGCAAAGUGCCAGAUAUGUAUACGUAGUCGGUGAAAACCAAAGCAGAUCUUUAAGAAGAGUGGCUAUCAUUCCUCAGACGGCCAGACACCUGUAGAUGCUUAUUUCACUCUAACAUCUUCCUGGUGUCUACCACUGUUCUAUGAAGAAGCAGAUGUCUGAAAAUGCUGCUUUAUGAGUACCAGUUGAGAUGGAUUACUGAACACUACGCAAUCAUGACUAUAACUCUAAAUCAUGUAUAUUUAAACUUCUUUCAAACCGCUUUGUUCUUGAAAUGUUGUCUACAACAGGUGGAUCCUUGAUACAUUAAAGCAACACCAAAGCACUUUUCCUCUUCGGCCCCCCUACAGGUUGGAAACGGAAUUGUCCAUUACCGUUCUCAUUCGAACUACAGAUCCGCUACCCGAUCUGGCAAACUUGCAUAGUGCGGUUUUAGCCGAUAGAGGGCCGCAAAGCGAAUACAGAAGCGCCGUUCACCCUGUCACGAGUUGAUGAACCACUGAAAAGAUUUAGGAAAUUUUUAAGGUACAGAAGAAUCUUUGGUGUUGCUUUAAAAAGCUGAUAGUUAUCUCUUAUUUAAAACCAUUUUUUGGAUAUCUGCUCCUUUAGACGUCACACAUGGUUUUUUUUAAGAGUCAAUUGAAAUUAGCUGGUAAUUGACAUAUUUCAAUACAAAAAGCCUUUUAAUGGCGAACCUAAAAAGGAAACUUUGUCUGCAUAUCAGAUUGGUGCUAUACAUUACAUCAGGUGAAAUGUGACAUACCGUGCACCCCUACAUGAUUAGAUAAACUUUUAACGUGACAAUCGGAGUAAAAUACUUUCAUUGUGAGGGGUGAGUAAAUCAAAACCAAUCUAAAUGUAUCAACAGCUGAGAAAUGUAAUAAUUAUAUGUUAAACGGCAGUGUGACGUUGACGGACAACAUCCAAACAAAACUAUUCAACAAAAAAGUAACUCAAUCCCUUCAUAGUUCAAGAAUGCACUAUUCACAUCUCAACUUGCAGAAAGCAACAACAAUACAAGUCAGAUUUUAACAUUUUAAGUCUCACUGCAGCUGCAGUUAAUGUUUUUUGAUUUAUUUCAUAUUUUUUCUUCCUCGUUUUGCCAAACGCAGUUGGCAAUAAGUAUAACCUUUUUGAUGUUGAUGCACCACAGGAUGGGGCCAUUGUUUGCAGGUGGGCAAGAUGUAAACAUUCAUACAUUAUGAGUUUCUUUAUGAUUUUGUUCAGUUUCAUGCUGGCUGUUUCUGUACAGUAAACUGGGAGAACACUGUUCAUUUGAAUGUUGGCUCUCUUCUGUAAAGCUUUUAACUGGGAUGUAAAUUUUAAUGAAUGGAAAAAGAGGAGCUUACUUUGUAAAACUAAUUAUUUUUGUGCAUCUUUCAUGGAUCUCGAGGCAGACUUUUUACUUAACCGAUGUUAAUAGAUUUUUAUUUAUGGUGUCAAGGUACAAAAAUGUUGUACAGAGGUGCAGCUUUGCACAGUCUUGUCUGCUUAUGUUUAGUAAAUGAUCUUUUUAAAUGUUGGGGAGGAAUAAAUGCAUUAUGGAAUUCUGAACAUAUUAAAUGUUAUUAUUAAAAUGUA